AUGUGGCGCCUCCUCAACCCCUGGUCCCCCGCCGACCAGCAACCUCCCACCCCACCCCCCUCCCGCGGCCUCCCCUCCUCCUGGUACCGCUCCCCGGCGCUCUACAACCUCGAGCGCCGCGCCCUCUUCUCCCGCAAAUGGCUGCUCCUCACGCACACGAUCCGGCUCGCCCAGCCCGGCGACUACCUCUCCUUCACCAUCGCCGGCUUCUCCAUCUUCCUGAUCCGCGACCGCGAUGGGCGCUCCGUCAACGCGUUCCACAACCACUGCCGCCACCGCGCGUAUCCGGUCGUGCAGCACAGCGCGGGGAACGCCAAGAUCUUGCAUUGUCGGUAUCACGGGUGGGCGUAUGGGACCGGGGGCAGGUUGGCGAAGGCGCCGAGGUUUGAGGGCGUGCCUGGGUUUGAGGGGGGGGGGAAGGGGUUGCUGCCUGUGAAGGUGCAUGUGGAUAAGGUGGGUUUCGUGUGGGUGAAUUUGAGGGCGGGGGAGGAGGGGGAGGGGGAAGGGGGGUGGGAGGAGGAGUUUGGGGGGGCGGAUGAGAAGGAGGUGUUGAGGGGGUUUGAUUUUGGGGAGGAGUUCGCGUUCGAUCAUGUGUGGGAGAUGGAGGUGGAGGCGAAUUGGAAGGGGGUGGUGGAGAAUUAUAACGAGUGUUAUCAUUGCCCGACGAGCCAUCCGCUGAUCGCUGGCGUGUCGGAUGUGGACAAGUAUCGAGUCGAGCCGGCGAGGGGGUGUUUGGAGCAUACGAUUGUGAAUAAGGACGCGGAGGACAACCGGUUCAGGCGGAGUAUCACGUUUUUCCCGCCGUGUACGAGUGUGACGGUCACGGACCACUUUUUCUACAUACAGCGGAUGAUACCUGUUUCGGCUACGACGACCAGGAUCGAGAACGAGGUGUAUCGCCAUAGGAACGCCACCGACAAGGAGUUUAACGACUUGUGCGACUUCUACAAACAAGUUCUGGAAGAGGACAAAGAGCUCUGUGUUGGGGCACAGCGGAACCUGAACGCGGGGGUGUAUGUGAAUGGGGAGUUUCAUCCGGACAAGGAAAAGGGUCCGCUGCACUUCCAGGAAUCCGUAAGAAAGGAGCUGAUGGAACACCGGAAGAAAGAGGAACAGCAGGGUGGCGUAGAAAUCUGGCCUGCAACUCCGAAGCUCGCUGGCGAGACGAAAACGUCUAAGCUGGAGGAAGAGGAGGCGUUUUGUUCAAAACUUGAGGCCGAAAGCUGCGUAGCUGGGUCGGAGCUGGCUUGGUAA